AUGACGGGGCUGACGCUGGAGCAAAGCGAGCUGGAGGUGACGCAGCAGCACAACCUCAAGCGCAUGCUCCGGCGCAUCCGCCACGCCCGGCGCACCACACGGCAUUCGCGGCUGAUGAAGCAAGAAGGCAAGGCCUCGGACGACCAGUGGGACGACAUUGACGAUGCCGGGCUGUCGCUGCGCAAGAUGUCGGUGACGAUGGACAUCCAGGACUCGCCAACGGCCCAGGAGCUGUCGCGGCGCGUGGCGCGGCUGUUCAACCUGGUGUUUGAGCCGCUGGAGGCGAUUGCGGCGAAGGGCGUGAGGGUGACGCGGAUCAGCGGGGCGCUGACCAACUGCGUGUAUAUGGUGACCUUGGAUCCGGCGCCGGUGGCCUCUGUGCACUCGUCGCAGGUGUACACUACCUUUCUGCGCGUAUACGGCACGGGCGUGGACGAGAUUAUCUCGCGCGACAAGGAGCUCUACUGGCUGAGCCAGCUGAGCAGCCUGGGGUUUGGCCCGCGGCUCGCGACGCUGACCAAGACGGAUAUCAUGGAGACGUGGACCAGCAAGCACAUUGCCAGGCGCAUGUGCGAGCUGCACAGCUUGGUCAGCUUCUACCGGCCGUUCGGCCAGCACGACCAAACGGAUCUGCCCAAUGUCGAUUUGUCCGGCAAGCCCGAGCUCUGGACCAACCUCGACCGCUGGCUAAUGCUGGUCGAGCAGAAGCGGCCGCAGAUCGCCCAGGUGUGCAAGCGCGAUGCCCAGUGCACUGCAAUCCUCAAUGACUGGCCGCGUCUGGUGGGCUCGCUGGUGCCCAAGAUCAAGGCCCUGGUGGACAAGGCCAGGUCGCCGGUGGUGUUUGCCCACGACGACCUGCAGUACGGCAAUAUCCUGCGCCUGCAUGGGACCCAGGAGCUGGUGGUGGUGGAUUUCGAGUACGCCGGGUACAACUACCGCGGCUUCGACAUCGCAAACCAUUUCUGCGAGUGGAUGUCUGACUACAACCACCCCGAUGCCCCGCACCGUCUGCACGAGGACAUGUAUCCGGAUCCGGCCCAGCGCCACGCCUUCCUGCGCACGUACGUCAAGGCCAAGGCCUUCCUGGACGCCAACAUGAGCGCCGACAAGUCCCAGCUGACCAACCAGCAGAUCGACGACGAGGUCCAGAAGCUCGAGGCCGAAAUCCACCCCUUCGUGGCUGCCUCCCACCUGCACUGGGGUCGCCUGGGCAUCUUUAUAGCAUCGAUGGAUGAGUGA